UCGUCCGCGGUCCCUGCCCGAGCCGGCUCGUAGCGCCGGGGGUCGGCGAGGGGGUUGUGGGGGUCCAGCGCGGGGCGAGCGAGCGACCAGCAUGGACCCCCGAGCAGCGACCGAGCGCCCCGGUGCCUCCCUCGGAGCCGACGGCGGAGAGUCGGAGUCCGCAGCCGGCUCGGAGGAGGCUGCGGCGGGCUGCGGCAGCGACACGUUCAGCAGCCUGCCCGACAUGGACCAGGAGAGCCUGGAGGAGAAGCUGCGGGGACUGGCCUUCCGGAAACAGACGUCGUAUCGGAAGGCCAUCUCUCGCUCAGGCCUGCAGCACCUGGGCCCGCCCCAGCACGCCCUGCCUCCCGCCUCCAACGGGCCCAACAAGGAGCUGAGGACCUGCGUGGACUGGACGGAGAACGCGGUGAACGGGGAUCACCUGUGGAUGGAGACCAGCUGCUCAGGGGAGCUGUGCUACCUGGGAGAAGACGCCUGCCUCCUGAAGGCGGCGAAGUCGGCCCCCAGGAAGAAAUGUGCCGCCUGCAAGAUCGUGGUUCACACGGGCUGCAUGGAACAGCUGGAGAAGAUCAACUUCAGGUGCAAGCCAACUUUCAGAGAGGGAGGAUCCCGUUGCCUCAGAGAUCAGAACGUGUUGAGACACCACUGGGUGCACAGAAGAAGGCAGGAGGGCAAGUGCAAACAGUGUGGAAAGAGUUUCCAGCAGAAGUUUUUCCACAGUAAAGAAAUCAUCGCCAUCAGCUGUUCUUGGUGCAAACAAGCUUUCCACAACAAGGUGACGUGUUUCAUGCUGCACCAGAUCGAGGAGCCAUGUUCACUCGGGGCGCACGCCGGCGUCAUCGUGCCGCCGUCAUGGAUCAUCAAAGUCAGGAAACCACAGAACUCACUGAAGAACUCGGCCAGAAGAAAAAAGCGGACGUCCUUUAAGCGCAGGACCAGCAAGAAGGGACUGGACGAAUCCAAAUGGCGGCCGUUCCUGCUGAAGCCCCUCCCCUGCCCCCUCAUGAAGCCCAUCCUGGUCUUUGUCAAUCCAAAGAGUGGAGGCAAUCAGGGCGCCAAGGUGCUCCAGAUGUUCAUGUGGAUCUUGAACCCGCGGCAAGUCUUUGACCUGUCUCAGGGCGGCCUUCGAGAGGCGUUGGAGUUGUAUCGGAAAGUGCCAAACCUGAGGAUCCUCGCCUGCGGAGGAGACGGCACGGUGGGAUGGAUCCUGUCCACGUUGGACGAGCUACAGAUGACCCCCCAGCCACCGGUGGCCGUACUUCCUCUGGGAACAGGAAAUGACCUCGCCAGGACGCUCAACUGGGGUGGGGGCUACACGGACGAGCCGGUGUCCAAGGUCCUGUGUCACGUGGAGGACGGCUCGGUGGUGCAGCUGGACAGGUGGAACCUCCACGUGGAGAAGAGCGCCGUCCAGCCAGAGGACGGCACUCAGAAGCUGCCUCUCAACGUGUUCAACAACUACUUCAGCCUGGGCUUCGACGCUCACGUCACCCUGGAGUUCCACGAGUCCAGAGAGGCCAACCCUGAAAAGUUUAAUAGUCGCUUCCGCAACAAGAUGUUCUAUGCAGGAGCCGCCUUCUCAGAUUUCCUCCAGAGGAGCUCGAGGGACCUGUCCAAGCACGUCCGAGUGGUGUGUGACGGCACAGACCUGACUACAAAGAUCCAGGAGCUGAAAUUCCAGUGCAUUGUGUUCCUCAACAUUCCCAGAUACUGUGCGGGCACCAUGCCGUGGGGGAACACGGGCGACCACCGCGACUUUGAGCCGCAGCGCCACGACGACGGCUGCAUCGAGGUCAUCGGCUUCACCAUGGCCUCACUGGCGGCGCUACAAGUGGGCGGCCACGGCGAGAGGCUGCACCAGUGCAGGGAGGUGAUCCUCACCACGUACAAGACCGUUCCUGUUCAGGUGGACGGCGAGCCCUGCCGGCUGGCUCCGUCCACGCUCCGCAUCUCGCUGCGCAACCAGGCCAACAUGGUGCAGAAGAGCAAGAGGCGCACCUCUGUGCCCCUACUCAACGAUAUUCAGAAGGUGUGUGCAGCUGAUCUGCGCCGCCUCUCUGCUCCCCCUGACUCCUUCUCUGUUCCGCACGCCAUCCCGGAUCGCCUCCGCCUGCGAGUGAAUCGGAUCAGCCUGCAGGAGUACGACAGGCUGCAGUACGACAAAGAGCGCCUGCGAGACAUCUCUAUCCCGGUAGGAAUCGUGGUGGUGAGAGGCGACUGUGACCUGGAGACGUGUCGGCUCUACAUCGACAGGCUGCAGGAGGAUUUGCACCAGGCGCCCUCUGGAGGCCACAGAGUGCACUACCAGGAUGAGAGCAGAGGCGUCCUCAGGUUCACGGCCACCGGCAGACUGUCUUCCAACUGGAGCUUCUUAGAUUCGACGUCGGCCGACCGCUUCUAUCGCAUCGACAAGGCUCAGGAGCACCUCCACUUCGUCACAGAGAUCUGCCAGGACGAGGUCUUCAUCCUGGACCAGGAGGGUCCUGCCGCCUCGUCCACGGGGAUGCCCGACCUGGUGGUGGAGCCCAGUGCUGGUGCUCCUCUGACGCCUGAGGAACAAGCUUUGUUGGCAGCCGCCAGCUCAGGGGACAUCUCCAUGUUGUCAGAGUGUGUGCAUCGUGGCGUCAGCCUGCUGGUGCGUGACGCUGGAGGUUGCUCGGCGCUGCACAGAGCUUCUCAGAAGGGACACGCCCAGCUGGUGGUCUUCAUCCUGCAGCAGGGAUCCAAAGUGCUUCUUGACCUGCCCGACAGAGAAAAAGGGGACACCGCUUUGCACAAAGCCGCCUUGGAGAAGCAGCAUGCAGUGUGUCGACUGCUAGUGGAGGCAGGAGCAUCGCUGGAGAAAACCAACUUUCAGGGGAAGACGCCAGUGGACCAAGCGGAGGGAGACUCUGAGCUGACCUCCUACCUGAGCAGCCAAAAAACCUCCUCUCCGCCCCAUGAGGACUUGGAAACAGCAGUCUGACACACUUACACACACACACACACACACACACACACACACACACUUACAUACUGACACACUUACACACACACACACUUAUAUACUGACACACACACACACACUUACAUACUGAUACACUUACACACACACACACUUACAUACUGACACACUUACACACACACACACACACACACACACACACACACACUUACAUACUGACACACUUACACACACACUUACAUACUGACACACUUACACAUGCACACACUUACAUACUAACACACACACACACUUACAUACUGACACACUUACACACACACACGCACACCCACACUUACAUACUGACACACUUACACACACACUUACAUACUGACACACUUACACACACACACCAUACUUGCCAACCCUCCCGAAUUUUCCGGGAGACUCCCGAAAUUCAGCGCCUCUCCCGAAAACCUCCCGGGACAAAUAUUCUCCCGAAAAUAUCUCGAUUUUCAGCCGGAGCUGGAAGCCACGCCCGGCGGGAGGACAACAGGGUGACAAGAACUAAAUCAUCCAGACUAGAGAUAAAUUGUAUUAUUAUGUUUAUCUUACCUAAAAAUAAAUAUAUUUAUUAAUUUAAAAAAAAAAAAACUAAAUACAUUUUUACUAUAAUUUGCUAAAAACAUCAAAAUUAAUUGUAUUUUUAUUUGUAUUUUUUCGUGACUCCUUAUUACAUCCAGCCAUAGAAUUAUACAUUAAAAUAAACAUAUUUGAAAUAAUAGAUUUUAAAUUAUCAUAAUAAUUCAUUUAAAAUGGCCAUAUUUAAUUAUUAAAAUAAUUGCUUGUUUAUCAACAACUUUAGCAUUUUAUUCAUUACAUUUUGAAACUCUCAGAAGCCAAGUUAUGUUAUAUUCCUUAAUAUUUAUUUAUGCAAGUUUGAAGUAUCAAUUAUCUAAACACAGUUUGUUUGCAUAUUUUCAGGAUGUAGAUAUAUAUAUAUAUAUGAAAUACUUGACUUGGUGAAUUCUAGCUGUCAAUAUACUCCUCCCCUCUUAACCACGCCCCCAACCA